UCCCGCUCUCUCUCUCUCUCUCUCUCUCUCAAAAAUGGAGCAGAGGAUCCUAGAACUCGAACUCAUCUCAGCCAAAGACAUCAAAGACGUCAACCUCAUAUCCAAGAUGGACGUUUACGCCGUCGUCGCCCUCCAGGGCGACGACGUAUCUCGCGCCGGCAAGCAGAAAACCAAGACCAAAGUCUCCCAGGGAUGCGGGACCCAUCCCACCUGGAACUUCCACAUGAAGUUCGUUCUCGACGAGUACCUAAUUCAGCAGAACCGCAUCUCCCUCGUCUUCAAGCUCGUCUGCCAGCGCAGCCUCGGCCACAAAGACAUCGGCCAGGUCCUCGUCCCCGUUAAGGAGCUCUUGGAUUCCGUAAAGGCUGACGCCGCCUCCAUGAAGUUUGUCGCUUACCAAGUCAGAAUGCCCUCAGGGAAGCCGAAAGGUGAGCUCGAGUUCUCAUACAAAUUUGGUGACAAAGUGGCGGCUUCAGAGGCGACGCUGACGGCGGCUUCGUCAAAGGGUAACGAGCCGGUAACGGCCUAUCCGGUGGUUGGACCGUCAGUCCAGCCGGUGGUGGGGUAUGGUGGAUACCCACCUCCAGUUGGCACCUCUGCUGGGCCUCCGCCACCUGGAUACGAGUACCCAGCACCACCGCAGGGAUACGGGUACCCGCCGCCGCCACCAGGGUAUGGGUACCCGCCACCGCCACCAGGGUAUGGGUACCCGGGGCCGCCACCUGCCGGGUAUGGAUACCCACAGAUGCAGCAACCCCAGCCGGAAGCAAAGAAGAAGAACUUUGGGAUGGGGCUGGGAGCUGGAGUGUUAGGAGGGUUACUUGGUGGGAUGCUAAUUGGAGAUAUGGUAUCUGAUGGCGGUGGAUGUGGUGGCGGUUUUUAGUUUUAUGGAUGUUUGCUUUUCAAUUUUUUGUUACAGUACUAAAUUUUCUUUU